UACAUCAAAAUUCAAAGGGAAGAAAACAAUAUCCAAAUAAUUAUCACCUAGAAUACAAAACUAGACUAGAGUAAGGACUAACGAGAUUUGCUUGCAAACACUUCCAUCCAUCUUCUCCUCUUCCCUUCCAUCCAUUCUCUUGGACAGAUAAAGUUAAUUUCAUCAAAUGGGGGGAAGUGCAGUUGAUGAUGAUUGGGAGUUUCCUUCACCUUCCAGUGAGGUUAGAACUAUAGUUUUGGUUGGACGAACAGGUAAUGGGAAGAGUGCAACAGGCAAUAGUAUCCUUCGAAGAAGGGCAUUCAAGUCAAUGUCUAGCUCUGCUGGUGUUACUAGUACUUGUGAGCUGCAGAGGACUAUACUGGAAGAAGGGCAGAUUCUUAAUGUGAUUGACACUCCAGGUACAAUAUGCCGCUUAUUUAGAUUUCUAUGUGACCGUGUUUUUAUUGGAAAGGAGAUUGUUAAAUGCAUCAAUAUGGCCAAGGAUGGUAUCCAUGCUGUUCUUGUAGUCCUGUCCGUCAGAUCUCGCUUUUCAAGAGAAGAAGAAGCUGCUGUACAAAGCUUGCAUAAAUUCUUUGGUAGCAAAAUUAGUGACUAUAUGAUUGUCGUUUUCACUGGUGGUGAUGACCUUGAAGAAAAUGAUGAGACUCUGGAUGAUUACUUGGGUCGUGAUUGCCCUGAGCCUUUGAAGGAAACUCUCGAAAUGUGUGGGAAUAGGUAUGUUCUCUUUAAUAACAAGACAAAAGAGGAAGCCAAGAAAUCUGAACAACUUAAGCAGCUUCUUUCGCUUGUAAAUUCAGUUGUAGAUAAAAAUGGUGGGAAACCAUAUACAGAUGAGCUGUUCGUUGAACUGAAGAAGGGAGCAAACAAAUUGCGUGAUCAAACAGCUGAAGUUAAUUCCUUGGAGGGCUACUCCAAACAGGAGAUAUCUGAGCUGAAGGAGCAGUUCCAUAAGUCAUACGGAGAGCAGCUCAAGAGAAUAACGGAGAUGGUUGAGUCAAAGCUAAAAGAGACCACUCAUAGACUUGAAAUGCAACUAGCAGAGGAGCAGACUGCUCGACUCAAGGCAGAAGCAAUGGCACAGGCUGCUCAGAUGAAAUCAAAUGAUGAAAUACGUAAGCUGAGAGAGCAUUUAGAGAGAGCUCAAAGGGAGACGGAGGAGCUGCGGAAACGAGCUGAAAGUGGCAGAUGUGCUAUUUUGUAAAUAAACACAUACUGACUUGUAUAAUGUUGUUUGAGAUCUACUUGCAAACUUAAACGAUGUUUAUACUUUUUCACUUGUCCUGUUGGGGUGGAAAGGUGCUAGAAAUAGUAGUGUGUGGUUGAGUUUCUGUUUGUAUAUGAGUGUAUUGUGCUUGUGCAUCUCUGGGUACAAGAAAGGAAUAAGGUUUGAGCA